GUGAGGUUAAAAGGGAAGGCCUGGCCAGGGGUCCCUGGGCAGAGGAUCCUGGCAGCCUACAAGGCAGGGUAAAGGUCCUUGGGAGUCCCCUCCCUCCUUCCUUUUGGUGACUCUCAGCCCAGGUCCCGGCCAUGAGACCCCCACAACUCCACCUUUCUGCCGCCUCUGGCGCCCUGGCCCAGGCGAAGCUGCUGCUGCCGCUGCUGAUGGCGCAACUCUGGGCUGCAGAGGCGGCGCUCUCCAGAAAUGACGCGGCGUUCUCCAGAAACGACACGGCUUUGGACCCCGAAGCCUUUGGCGCCCCGUGCGCGCGCGGCUCGCAGCCCUGGCAGGUCUCCCUCUUCAACGGCCUCUCGUUCCACUGCGCCGGUGUCCUGGUGGACAAGAGCUGGGUGCUUACGGCCGCGCACUGUGGAAACAAAAAGCAACUGUGGGCUCGAGUUGGGGAUGACCACCUGCUGCUGCUCCAGGGAGAGCAGCUCCGCAGAACCACGCUCUCCGUUGUGCACCCCAAGUACCAGCACGGCUCUGGCCCCAUCCUGCCAAGGCGGACAGAUGAGCAUGAUCUCAUGCUGCUGAAGCUGGGCAGGCCUGCUGUGCUCAGCUCUCGCAUCCAGGCCCUGCGCCUGCCCCGCAGCUGUGCCCAGGCCGGGGAGGAGUGCCAGGUCGCUGGCUGGGGCACCACAGCUGCACGAAGAGUGAAGUACAACAAGGGCCUGAGCUGCUCCAGAGUCACUAUCCUGAGCCGCCGAGAGUGUGACGUCUUCUACCCUGGUGUCGUCAGCAACAACAUGAUGUGUGCGGGACUGGACCAGGGCCAGGACCCCUGCCAGAGUGACUCUGGUGGCCCUCUGGUCUGUGAUGAGACCCUGCAAGGCAUUCUUUCCUGGGGUGUGUACCCCUGCGGCUCUGCUCAGCACCCGGCUGUCUACACGCAGAUCUGCAAAUACACCUCCUGGAUUGAGAAAACCAUUCGCUCCCACUGACGCAGUGGUGCCGUGGUGCCUUCACCCUCUGCCAUGCUUCCUGCCCGGUCUCCCCUGCCGCCCACCUUUACCUGCGGACUUCUCUCCUCUUCCCCCAUCUUCCUGCCCACUGCUCUUCUCUGCCCACGCUGAAGCCGGAGCACAGGAGGUGGAGGCCAAGUUCCAUUCGAGAGAGGCAAGGGAGCUGGCAGUCAGCCAUUCUCUGAGCGGAGUCAUCAGUCACCCACCUGGGCUUCCUCUACUGUCCCCUGCCUCGUGACCUCGGGCACGACAAGCCAAAGAGCUCUCCGGACCUCCGUUUCCUCCCUCCCGUGGAGAGUGGGGACACAGAAGUGCCUACCUCAUAGAUGGUCGUAAGGAGACUGAUAUAACCCGUGUGUGUGUGUAUCAUUAUGGUAAUUCCCAGUAAAGCAUCAGCACCAUGGGCGGUGCGCUGUGACGAAA